AAUCUAGCUGGCACUACAGAGACCACAUGAAAUACUUCUUUUAAAUGAAGAAGUUUUAAACUUUGGCCUUUGGAAACACUGGUAUAAGGCUGUAGAACAGGCACAACAAACUAUCCCAGGCAGUAUAAUUCGAGGAGCCAGAAAAUGGAGAACCCACUGGUUUUAAUCUGUUGAUUGCAUUUAUUCUGGCACUUGUUAAAGCCCUAAAGUAAAUCCUGUGUGGGGAUGGUGUGCAGGUUGGAAGAUGGUUCUGCAUGUCAUUCUGGAUGGUGUUUCAGGAACUGAAGGAAAUAAAGAAUCUACGCAGAGAAGUCAUCUCUGUGUACAGAUCAGAAGGUACUUGGAGAAUCAGAGGAGCUCAGAGUUAUUUCUGUGAAGAUAGAGGCCAUUACGACCUUGCCAUUGGAAACUGUGCAGCCACUGUGUGUCUCUAGCUGUCGUCACUGAAGACUUGGGAAAGAGAGGGGGAAAAAAGAAAAAUGUCCAACCCUUUAAAGCAAGUGUUCAAUAAGGACAAAACCUUUCGGCCCAAACGCAAGUUUGAGCCUGGGACUCAGCGGUUUGAGCUACACAAGAGAGCUCAAGCCUCUCUCAAUGCAGGGCUGGACUUGAAGCUGGCCGUCCAGCUGCCGUCUGGUGAGGAACAGAAUGACUGGGUGGCGGUGCAUGUGGUGGACUUCUUCAAUCGCAUCAAUCUGAUCUACGGCACCAUCAGUGACUACUGCACGGAACAGUCCUGUCCGAUCAUGUCUGGGGGACCCAAGUACGAGUACAGGUGGCAGGAUGAGCACAAGUACCGGAAACCCACUGCCCUGUCUGCUCCCAAGUACCUGAACCUCUUGAUGGACUGGAUUGAGGUGCAGAUCAACAAUGAGGACAUUUUCCCCACCAAUGUUGGUACUCCGUUCCCCAAGAACUUCCUUCAGGUAGUGAAGAAGAUUCUGUCUAGGCUCUUCCGGGUUUUUGUUCACGUCUACAUCCACCAUUUUGACAGGAUCACCCAUAUGGGGUCAGAGGCCCACGUGAACACCUGCUACAAGCACUUCUACUAUUUUGUGAAAGAGUUCAAUCUAAUAGACACCAAGGAGCUGGAACCUCUGAAGGAAAUGACCUCCCGGAUGUGCCACUGAGCCCUGGACCUUCCUGCCCUGACCCAGGCCAAGCCGCCUCAGGACUGCUGAACCCCAUCACUGCACCGGAGAUGCCGCUCAAGGGACAAUCAGAGACAUUUCAUAGAAAUAUAUUUUUAUGGAGCUUGCAACUUAAAAUGGAGACUGCAGAAAUAUUUUUUUAAAGAUGCCUUAGAUAACUAGUUUUUAUGGUAAUUUCUGUAAUUGUUUGCCACUAGAUGGAAAUGCAUCAUUUUUAGUCAGUUUUCAUAGAAGGGGCAAGGAGCAUUAUGAGAAAACCACCUGAUGUUUCAUCUCACUGACCGCCUUGUUGGGUGGCCCUAACUAAGCCUAGUCAGACUGUAGACUUCAUUGCUUCAAGUGUUUUUUAAGAUGGACUUGCUUUCAGCAUAGCCAGGGUGUGGAGACCGUAGCGGUGCAUGGCACUGGCUGUGGGGGAGGAAGGCUCACCUGCAUCCUGAAGGUAUGGUAGGAAGUGCUUUGUUAGGGCAGCUAUUCUACUAUCUGAGAAUUAACUAUCACUUAAGUGUGCAUAUAGACUUGGCUCCUUGCACACUUCUCCAGCCCUUGUAUCUAACUGACUUUCUCUCCAUGAUUAGGCCUUUCUGUCUGAAAAUGUCUUCUGUUCCUUCCUCUGACUUCUCAGCUAGACCUCACCCUUCACUGCUUGGGGAAAUCGAUGCUAAUCUCACUCUGUUUAUUCCUCUGCUAAUCUUUUGAGGUCAUUGCUCACAAAUACCUGUUUCCUAAUUCUAAAGCAGGAGCAUACGAAGGUUUCCACCUUUCAGAGCACAUUGUGUCGAGGGCAGGGUUGCUAUAUUAGGGUGCUCUCUAUGCAGGGGCACUAAUAUACCUGGAUAGAUUUCACCUGACUUUCCUGUUACAUCCACUCUUAGCUGUCUGUCUUUCUCCACCUCGCUAUAGGUUCUAUUGAUGGGAGGGCGGAGCUUAAGGGGGAAGAGGGAGUUAAAAUACUUCUGCUUCUCCUACUGAAAGGAGAUAUGAGGGGUGAGUCCAGGCUGGGACAGAAGCUAGUUGGUGUGCCUGGAAAAAACUUAACUUUUAGCCUAUCCAAGGGCUGCUUGGGCAACUUUCUUGAAACCCAAAGUCUAGAACUAAUCUGAUUAAAAUGAAGCAAAUUGAGAUCACCCUUUCCUGUAAGGAGGCCUCCAGGUCCCAGAGUGCAGGUCUCCAUCCUGAGCCAAGCAAAGACUGCUAGUUGGGACGAAGUGUUGCGUACUGGAGAGGUGAGUGACUGCAUUUGGCCCCUGGACUGCAAGUUGCUACAGAACUGUGUGAGAUGUAUCUCCCCUCGGCAAUGGAAGCCCUCUGUCCGCUUCAGCUUGAUUAUCAAAAAGAAGCCAAGUUCUGCCACUCCAGAGACUAAAUCAGUUGUUUAGUCCCCACCACCCCCUCCCCACUAUCCCCAGACAAAUCGUCAUGUUAGUGAGGCUGUAUGAUCUCUGCAGGUGUCGCACUGUCCUGGACUUCAUUUACUGGCUCUGGCUUGCCCCUCUUUAACUUCUGUAAGCGUCCUACGCCCUCUGCCUUCUCUUCCUGAACACCGUUUCCCACACCUUUUCCUCUGGCCGUCUACCUUAAUAGACAAAGUCUCUAGUGCAGAGCCACAGUUCACUGGCUUGCAUACUGCCUGGGGGAGCUUAAUUUUGGCCUGUAACUUCGUAAUGCAGAACUUAAGAACAUUGAUUUCUGUAUGAUAAAGGAGGAACUGCCUUGGAUUUGGGGUGAAGGGUGGGAGGGAGGUGGGUGGGAAAAUAAGGUUUUUUGUGAGCAGGGACCAAGUUGCUACCACUAGCCACUUUCCUCCAAGGAAACAAUCCUGUGGUCUGAGUCUUUGUACUUACGUGAGUCAUGUCUCGUACUACGUCCUGGACUCUGUUUCUAACACAUACCACUAUCAUUCUGUGAAACAGACACAAUAAAUUAUGUUGUAUUUA